AUGAUAUUCCAGAAACUCCAACCGGGCGGUGGUGGCCUUCGAAACCGAUCAGUAACCCCGAUAGGUCGUAUUGACGCGUCACAGGCAAGGACGAUCGCCGAGGAGCAGACCAAUUCCCUGGAAGAAGGCCUCAAGCAAGCCAACCAAGCAGGAAACGCGUUAUCCAUCCUCUUACAAGAUGAUUUCCAUGCUAUCACAGCCUACGGUCCACUACCCAGUGAUGUUGUUACUAUGGUCGUCAACGUUGAUAUUAAUGUCGAUGCUAUCAAGGGAUACAUUGACCACAUCACUGGCUUUGCGUGUGUAUGGUCCCGUAAUGUCUGCUACGUGUGGAAUUUUGCAAGGCGCAUGGCAGCCGUUCCCACAUGUUAUGCAUUCCCUUGCCCGCUUUCGAAUACCUCUUCGGUUCUUGUCAAUACCCUGGCCCCUCUGCCACUAGCAUCGCUUAUAUCCCACUCUUCAAAUCUCUCGAACACCACAAGACGCGAGCCUGGGCUCUUGUUAGUUUCACCAACUGGAGAGUUACGCGCUUGGGAUUCGCUUUCACUCUCUCUAUCGGGUGUCGAUAAAUUUGCGACGAUCCAAAUUCAGCUCCAAGACGCGGAACUAGUGAGAUGCCUCCAGCCGCUCAUAUCAUGCCCUGGCUCGUUCAUCUUGGCCACUUCACACACCCGGCUUUUCCGUAUUUCUAUCUCUCCUGGAAUCAGUGGACGGCCAACGGUGAUUUCUAGUCUGAUGUCAAGGUCAACCACUUGGGGGACUAAACUUGGCUCAUUAAUACGAUGGGGGCAAGCCUACGAUCCCAAAGCUGGAAUAGUCGCGCUUGCCGUCAGUCCCCCCUUGGAAGGUGAUACCAGCAUGGGCGGCGGAGAAGCCUGGGCCCUGGAAGUCACGGGCAAUCUCCAACGAUGGAAGUUGGAUUUCAGUAGUGGAAACGAGAGAUUUGUUUGGGAAAAAGAAAUCAACUCUAUUGUACUCGAAAGCUUGGGCUGGACUCCGGGCGUGGACGUUUUGACCAUGGCGGAGCGCAUCGAAUUCACAUUAUUGGACAUUAAGCUAACUCAUACUCGCGACUUGGCUGUAUUGGUCAGUUAUAUCGAUUCGUCUCAAGUUGACCAGGCGCAAAGUAGCGUACAGCCAAGGUCAUAUGCUAUAGUGAUCUUGGAAGUCCUGUCAAGCUCUUCAUUACCUGUAGUAUCACAUACGGUCAAAGCCAAACAUCGCGAAUACCCAGAUCCUCGACCUGAAACCACGCCGUCCUUGUCUUUACCUAGUGGUGGUCCAGCUGCGUUUAUUGUGUUUCCUGAACGAGUUGUCUGUUUGUCUUUAAGCGAGGGAGCCGACUUUGAGGAGAUUGUCUCACUCAAUUCACAAGGCAAUAAUCGCAUAAUCGGCAAUGGUGCUGCACCUCUUGCGAUUCGCGCCAUCCAGGACAAAGCGGACAAGCCGCCAGCGUUGAAGCUUAUCACUACAUCAAGCGGAAUCCUUGAAAUCGAACUCAAUCCCGUUGAAUUGGAGAAACUCGGAACUAGCAUAGUUGAAGAGCAAGUUGCCCGAGAUACUUAUCGACUCAAAACCCAAUUGGAACAAGCCGUGUUUUUUGGCGAUAACACUGCGAACCCUGUGGAGUUUCACUUACAGGCAGAUCUAAUAGGGGAUUUAGCCACAGCAGCGGAGCAACUUAGCAAAGAGAUUUUGUCAUCAAAUGCCCCUCAUCUACCGCCGAUCGUCGACCUUCGAGUCCAACUAGCGGACCGGAUUGGCCGACUUGAGUUGCUUAUCCGCUUUAUCAAUACGACCGGGAUGCUUAACAAAGUUCCGAAGCCUGGCAAGAGACGGUUGCUUUCGGAUUUAGAAUUACUUGCCGCAACCAACGCACUAUGGCUUCAUCAUAACAAAAAAAUCAAUGCACUGUCUCAAAGCGGCCGACGAAGUCGGACAGUCUUGAGCGAAGUGAUCAUGUCCUACAUGAACUCACUCGGCCAGAAUCCGGAUGAGGACCUGAUUCGCUCGUUCUUCCGUAAUCAUGCGUCCGCUAUCGUUCACAUCUUGGUCAACGUUCAAGCAAAAUUGAAAUCGACUUUAUCCCACAAAUCCAACAAAUUGCACACCCGCUCAUCCCAACUGAUGACAGCCAACGAGAUCAUAUUGACAGUGUAUAAUGCAGCCAUUGUUAAUCGACAGAAGCACAGCAAGACUUAUGACUUGGAGAAAGAUACUACAACGGAGCCCUGGACGAGCACGCCGAACUUACUUGAUAUAUUACAAUCUCAUUAUGAAGCAACCCUGGAAAUCCUGCAGCAGCGAGCUCGUGAAUUUGGACCAGCCAUGGAUGAUGAUCAAGGCCGAUUCGGUGCUGACUCGGCCACUUUGUUAAUGGAUGAGGAUGAAGACGCCAAUGGGGGCUCAUCGGACCAGAGUAAAUGGCUGCACCAUACUCUCAAAGAUCAACUGACCGAGUUGGUAGAGAAGUCACUGGCGAUGAUGAAAGAAAGAAGUGCUUUUACUGAAAGUACCCUAGGCACCAACCAUCCCGAAGCCAAAAGUCUGCAAGAACGCUACUUACGUCUACGUCCACAACUGAUAUUCGGUCUAGUGAAGGUCAAGCGGCAAGCACGUGCUAUAACACUCGCAGAAGAGCAGCGCGACUUCCGAACUCUUGUCGAGCUAUGUCACUCUCUGGCAUCCAGUGAAACAGAGCAAAGAGAAAGAAAUUAUAUCUUAAAAUAUAAGGAAGAGUUUGCAUUUCAGUUAUAUCAAUGGUAUGUGGAACAAGGCCGAUAUCACGAACUUUUGAGCCAGGAUCCGGUUUACGCUCCUUUGAUCACAUCAUUUCUUGACCGCAUGGACUAUGGCAAGUUUUCGUGGAUUCAUGAUCUUGCAAUCGACCGAUUCGAUCAUGCAAGUCAAGUUCUACUCAAUGAAGCUGAAUCAGAAAAAAACUUGGCCGACCAAAAGAUCAUGUUGAGUCUUGGUAAACUAUGUCAAGUAGCCCAGAUAGACGAUGGCGAGCAUCUCGAUUCGGAAAAAAUAUUUCAGGACAUUGAAAUUGUGGAUGACAGAUUGGAUAUUCUCCAAGCACAAUUGAAACUGUCUGAUCUGUGCAAAUCAAUUUUGGAAUCUCAACCGCAAUACUCGUUACUAUCCCUCGACCAACAGAUCGACAUUUUAAGAAAACAUCUUGCACCCAAUCUGGCCGACCGUCCGGCUUUUGGACAAUUAUUUGAUAGAUAUGUUCGUCAGAUCAUUGCGGGUGAUGCUCUGAAGAUCGAAGACUUGAUCGAGUUUUACGGUUUGAAAGCUAAUCUUGACGAGCAAGUUGAAGAUUUUGUAAUCGCCUUGGAUGUGUUCUCUCGAGCCAAGGAUCUGGUCCCUGGUCGAGCACAGCUAGCACUCAAGAGCGUGUGGAGAAGAAUUUACAUACAUGAAGAUUGGCAAGCCUUGAAAAAAUCAAGCAAUUUGUCCGAUGAAGAUUUGAUCACUUGUCUGAAAAGUACUGCGCUAUACCAUGUCCUUUCGAGUUCGAUUGACCCAAAUGACUCGGGAAAAGUCGGCCUGCCAAUCUCGUCGCCGAAUGAAUCGUUCUUUGAUCCCACCAUCAGCUUGGACGACGACCUGGCGAUCAGGUUUCCCGAUCACUCGUUGUCUGAAUUAGAACAACUGAGUAAGGCUUACCAGUCCGAAAAUAGGAAGCUACAAGAAGCUAUUGAGUCUGGCGGCGUGUGGGAAUACUACGGCGAGAUUGUUCGGUUGAUUAGGGAAUCUGAUAAUCUUUCUGACAUUGGCAUAGGUGAUGUAACGAUGAUGUCAGAGUAA